ACCCCUGUUUACAUCCUCUGUGCACAGUGGCCGGCGGCGGAUCUGUGUGACGAUGGCUGCGGACGGCUGCUGGCUGCUGCUUCUCCUCCUGGUGCUGGGGCUGGUGAGCGCGCUCCCCCCGGUGCGGUGGCUGCAGGAAGACCCCGAGGACAUCGAGCUGAAGACCGUGCUGAGACUGGCGGAGCGGGAGUACAACCGCGUGAGCGGCCGGGAGGACGUGUACCGGGCACUGCGCCUCCGCGACCUCCGCAGACAGUUGGUGUCAGGUAUAAGGUACGAUUUCACUGUCUUCCUGGGACGUACAUUGUGUAAGAAGGAAGACGAGGAGGUCCCGGAUAAUUGUAGUCUUCACAGCUUGGCGUCACUGAUGGAAAUACAGUGCAGAUAUUCCAUGCUGGUGUUUCCAUGGGUGAAUGAGACAAAAGUGCUGGAUCAUAGAUGUUCUGAAGAAGGUGUUAGCGCUGAACCCUCCUCUGACCAGGACGUCGAUUCCGUGAAACCAGAGGACGAGCUGCUGGAAACGCUAUCUUUAUUCAAGGACUUUGUGACCACCUACAAUAAGAAAUACAAAGAUGAUGAAGAGGCUUUGAUGAGGCUACAGAUAUUUUCUCAAAAUUUCAAGAAAGCAAAGGAGAUUCAGGAAAAGGACCAGGGAACUGCUGAAUAUGGUGUCACUAAAUUCAGUGAUCUCACAGAGGAAGAGUUCAGGACUCUGUAUCUGAAUCCAUUGCUGUCUAGCCAGCCUUCUCGUCCUAUGAAGAUGGCUCUGGCGCCAACCGAUCCGCCUCCUGCACAGUGGGAUUGGAGAGAACAUGGAGCGGUAACCGAAGUGAAGAACCAGGGCAUGUGUGGCUCAUGCUGGGCAUUCUCCGUAACUGGAAAUAUUGAGGGGCAGUGGUUUUUGAAGAAGGGGUCACUCCUCUCCCUCUCUGAGCAAGAGCUGGUGGAUUGUGAUGGUGUGGAUAUGGCCUGUGGAGGAGGUCUCCCAUCAAAUGCAUAUGAAGCUAUUGAGAAGCUGGGAGGACUUGAGUCAGAACAAGACUACAGCUACCUGGGCCACAAGGAACCGUGCAGCUUCUCUACCAACAAGGUCUCGGCUUAUAUCAACAGCUCUGUGGAGAUCCCAAAAGAUGAGACCCAGAUUGCAGCCUGGUUGGCAAAAAAUGGUCCGAUAUCCAUAGCUCUCAAUGCUUUUGCAAUGCAGUUCUAUCGUAAAGGCAUAUCCUAUCCAUUCCGCAUACUUUGUAACCCUUGGAUGAUCGACCAUGCUGUUCUUUUAGUGGGCUAUGGAGACCGUGACGGCAAGCCUUUCUGGGCGAUCAAAAACAGCUGGGGAACAGACUGGGGAGAGGAGGGUUAUUAUUAUUUGCAUCGUGGGACUGGGUCGUGUGGAAUGAACACCAUGUGCAGCUCUGCGGUAAUAGGUUAGAGUCCUCUCCAGAAGGCAUCCCACUGAUCUUCCAGCCAACAUGGAUGAGUGUGUACUUCAGCAGACUAGGCUAAGGUCCCCCACAGGGCGUGAUUAUAGUGACGUAUAUACCUCUGGUUAUCAGUUCUUCACUAAUAGUCUGUUUUAAUGAUAGCACUGAAUGAAUUUUAACUAAUAUAUUUUACUAUAUGUUUUUAAUAUUUUGGAAUGACUUCGAUGUUGUUGUCUUCUGCGGGCUACACGUAGCAGAAUUAAGUAUGUCAGCUAUGAAGUGUCAGAUUUAUUGUAUGUAGCAGCAGAUAGCUGUCAUAAGUGGGCUCAGGUAUAAUAUAUAUUCCUUAUACAUUG